UCCCAAUGACGACAUGCCGGCCUGGUGUUAAUCUUUAGAACCCGAUGUUUGACAUUUAGCACACAACAGUGGAUGGGCUUUUUCACGGAAUGUGUGAGUUCCAUGAAGUGACAUCAAUAAGUGAUGCUUUUAGUCACACGGUCAAUUAAUCAGAAAAUAUUCGUCAAAGAAAGGCUGACAAUAAAACGUUUUCCCGACUAUGAAGUACCGGUGAUGACAUCAUUUGUUUUUGUGGGUGUGUGUACGUGCCCUUGACUGACAAUAUAAAAAGUGGGUUGAUCCAGGAGGACAGAAGAACCCAGCAAUCAUCAGAGAACAAAUCAAAGACUGACGAAAGGAUGUGUCGAGCAUGGCUGUUGGUGACCGCGGUGCUUGUUGGCAUAGCCAGAGGAGCAGUCAGUCAGUGUUGGGAACAUGUGGCCUGUCAGGAGUUGGACUCAACGAGCAUGAUGGAGUGUCUGCAGCUCUGUCACGCUGACCUCAGUGACCCCAACAGUGCUCCACUCCAGCCUCCCCUUGUGCCCGAUUCUGACCCCUCACCCCCCGCCAAGCGCUCCUACUCCAUGGAGCAUUUUCGCUGGGGGAAGCCCGUAGGCCGAAAACGCCGUCCCAUUAAAGUGUACACAUCCAAUGGUGCAGCAGAGGAGUCGAGUGAAGUCUUCCCAGGGGAGAUGAAGCGUGAUUUAACCAACGAGCUGCCGGCUGGUGCGGACGAAGAUUUGGUGAUGGCGGAGGAUGGUGUUCAGAAGAAAGACGGCUACAAGAUGAAGCACUUUCGCUGGAGCAGCCCGCCCGCCAGUAAACGCUACGGCGGCUUCAUGAAGAGUUGGGACGAGACCAAGCAGAAACCCCUGGUCACACUCCUCAAGAACGUCAUCAACAAAGAUGGACAGACACGCAAGUAGUGACGUGAUUUUGACAAGUGUCUGAACCACCACUGAGUGUAAAUAUUGAAGACAUGAAAUCAUAAAAUUUCUU